AUGCUUAGUGAUAUCCAUGACACUGUCAGACAAAAUCUAGAGUCUUUCGGUCACAAACACACUCACCUCAUGGCUGCCUUCUGUCUCUAUGGAGCUUACACUGUAGGCUCAACUGCUCUAGGCUGGUCCUGGAGGUUCUUCAAAACCUUCUUGAGACCAAGCAAGAACUUGUUCAAGAGAUACCAUGGAGGAUAUGUGGUUGUAACUGGAGCAACCAAUGGGCUUGGCCUUGGUUAUGCAAGGAAAUUUGCAGAGAAAGGAUUCAACUUGGUUUUAGUAGCAAGAAAUUCUGAGAAACUCAAUACUGUUAAAUCAGAGCUCCUUCGCUCUCAUCCUGACAUUGACAUCAAGCUGAUUCAAUUUGACUUCGAUAAGCCUUAUACUGAGGAAGGUUAUGCCUCUCUGAAGGAAUCGCUAGAUAUGAUGGGAGACAUAUCUGUACUUGUCAAUAAUGUUGGAGCUAUCGGAACAAAUCUGUUCGAAGAUAUGCCAAUAGAUAUCAUCACAAGAGUAAUGAACGUAAACCUUAUCCCUCAAGUAGUCAUGACUAAGUUCCUCCUUCCAAGAUUGCUGAGAAGAUCGAAAGAGGAGGGUAAAAGAACUGCCAUUUUGAGCGUCAGCUCUGCUGCUCAUUAUAUUCGAUUGCCUAAAUCAACAAUGUAUUCCUGCACAAAGUCAUUUAACAAGACUUUCUCUGAUGUCAUUGGAAAAGAGUACGGAAAGUAUAUCGAUGUUAUGGUGACUACUCCAGGACCUGUGAUCUCUAACAUGGUCAAUGAGAAAGCACCCUUCGUGAUCACUCCAGAGGCUCACGCCAGAUGGGUUCUUAGCGAUCUUGGGUACAACACUGAAACAUUUGGUCACUACAGACAUUGGAUGUCAACCACAAUGUUCAGACUUCCCCUGCUCGGCACCCAAUUCAUCAAGAUGAGAGAUAGAUACCUCAAUGAUAAAAGUAAAAGCUCAAACUAG